GGGCGCGCGGGCCGGAGGGCGCCUGGCCCUGCCGGCGGGCGGGGGUCUUGAAGAAGUGAAUGCCAUGCUCAGGUGCAUAACCCUCUAACAUGGAAGAAGGAGGUGGAAAAGAAGUAAUUGACUUGAAUAGUUUCCGGAGUCAUCGAGGGAAAGAUAGGAUUAACCACCGAAACGAGGGACUCAUCACGAUAUCAGACUCCUCAGAUGAAGAGCUGCCUGUGAUGUUGGACACACCUGUUCGCCGGCAGUGGGAAGAUGAGGAAGAUGAUGAUGUCGUCAUCUUGAUGGAGACAGCAACCAAGAAGUUUCUGCGGCCCAACGUGAUCAAGCCGGCCGCUCCCUGGCAAGGCGUUAACGCGUCAGGGGAAGGAGGAUCCAACAGCGACGUGGCCCUGUCCCGUGAAGACCAGAAGACCAAGCCCCCAUCUUCUCCAAGGCUGCCUGGGACCCGCCGGAACUGUCUGAAGGCCGGGAGCAUGGGACUGAGCCGACACGGAAGCAAGAAUGAGGUCUUGGAGCUACCCGAUUCGCCGGAGCCUGUGGAAACGAGGGAGAUCAGUGGGGCCGGGCCAGAGGCCGGGCCCAGCGUGGUUCAGAAGAGGGAGGCUGCGGAGGAGGUCAUCAAUUUGGAGGAAGUGGUCUUGGUGACCGAUCGGGAAGACCACGAGGAGAGAGAUCGGACACUUCAGCCACGGCUCAUGCCCAACCUCGGAGGGAUUUUCCAUUGCAUCGAGGAGAACGCGCGGCUGGAUCACCCGUACUUCCAGCCCGUGGAGAAGGAGGCGCGGACUGUGGUCAAUCUUCUCGCUUCUCAGCCGGCCCAGCUGGAAAUAGAACUGGGGCCACUGCCAAGGGUAUAUCAAGGGGAGAUUCCGGGGCCGGCUUUUCCCAGGCCUGAGCCUCCGCAGGAUGGAAUUCCAGGCCCUGCUUCCCCGCAACUAGCUCACCCCUCUGAGGAAAACGGAGGCCAGCAGGCCGCAGUAAACGAGCAGGCGGGUCCGGCGUUUCCAGUCCAAGGGUCACUGGACGCCAGCUCCGGUGAGCUUCCCAAGCAGAGCGCGACUCUGCUGGACAAGGACCUCGUUGCGCUGCUCAUCCGAGAAACGGAAGCCAGGUUUCCAGAUGCCACGAGAGAGUACAUUGAGGAACUAAUACGGAGCAAAAAUUGCUGUGACUUGAACAUCCUUUGUAAUUUUCUUCUGGAAAACCCAGAUUACCCAAAGAAGGAACGCAGUAUGGUUCUGAAUCCAAAUAGCAGCCUGCUUUCCAGCCAAGAUGAGACAAAGGUGCCUAAAGUGGACUAUUUUGACUUCUCCAAACUCGAUCCGCUUGACCAGCGAUGCUUCAUUCAAGCCGCCGACCUUCUCAUGGCAGACUUCAAAAUGCUGAGCAGCCAAGACAUCAAGUGGGCACUCCAUGAACUCAAGGGACACUAUGCAAUCACACGAAAGGCCUUUUCUGAUGCCAUCAAAAAAUGGCAAGAGUUAUCUCCUGAAACCAGUGGGAAGCGAAAAAGGAGGAAAGAAAUGAAUCAGUAUUCUUACAUAGACUUCAAAUUUGAGCAAGGUGACAUGAAGAUUGAGAAGCGCAUGUUCUUCUUGGAGAACAAGAGACGCCACUGGAGGACUUACGACCAGCUCUCUCUCCUGCCCCCGGUACAGCUGGAACGGGAGUUUUACGAACAGAAGAUCAAAGAAAUGGCAGAGCACGCAGAUUUCCUUCUUGCCCUGCAGAUGAACGAAGAGCAGUAUCAGAAAGAUGGCCAGCUGAUCGAGUGCCGUUGCUGCUACGGGGAGUUUGCGUUUGAAGAGCUGACCCAGUGUGCCGAUGGACAUUUGUUCUGCAAGGAAUGCUUAAUAAAAUAUGCUCAGGAGGCAGUCUUUGGCUCUGGAAAGUCAGAGCUCAGCUGCAUGGAAGGGACCUGCAUGUGUUCGUUCCCCACCAGUGAACUGGAGAAGGUGCUCCCCGAAAACAUCCUCUGUAAAUACUACGAGAGGAAAGCCGAGGAGGAGGUGGCAGCUGCCUGCGCAGAUGAGCUCGUCAGGUGUCCCUUUUGUAACUUCCCGGCUCUCCUGGACAAGGAUGUGAAGCGGUUCAGUUGUCCUAACCCGUGUUGCAGAAAGGAAACCUGCAGAAAAUGCCAAGGCCUAUGGAAGGAACACAUGAACCUCAGUUGUGAACAGCUGGCUGAAAAGGACGACAUCAAAUACAGAACAUCUAUAGAAGAGAAGAUGACAGCGGCCCGCAUUAGGAAGUGCCACAAAUGCGCCACCGGCUUGAUCAAAUCGGAAGGCUGCAACCGCAUGUCCUGUCGCUGCGGGGCCCAGAUGUGCUACCUCUGCCGAGCUGCCAUUAAUGGGUAUGACCACUUCUGCCAGCAUCCUCGUUCCCCAGGAGCCCCUUGUCAAGACUGUGCGAAGUGUUCCCUUUGGACGGACCCCACAGAGGAUGAUGAGAAGAUAAUCCAGGAAAUUCAGAAGGAAGCUGAAGAAGAACAAAAGAGGAAGAAUGGAGAAAACAGUUUUAAGCGGAUUGGGCCCCCUGCCGAAAAGCCCGCAGAGAAGAUCCCACGGAUCGAAGCCAUCCCCAGGCCGGUUCCCCAGAACCUCCACCACCAGCAAAUGCCCCCGUACCCGUUCGUGCACCCCCCUUUCCCCCUCCCCCCGGUGCGCCCCCUGUACCACAACCUCGGCCCCAUCAACCUCGGCCCCAUCCCGGCCCCUUAUGUACCCCCGCUGCCCAACAUGAGGGUGAACUACGACUUCCCCCAGAUGAACCUCCAGCUGGAGCACAAUCUUCCUAUGCACUUUGGUCCUCAGCCUCGGCAUCGGUUCUGAUCCCGCUUGGGGAGGUGCCGUUCCUUCUGGAAGCUGCUGCAGGGAAAGUCCGCACACUGGUGUAUCCUCCCCUCCCCUCCCCUCCUGGUGCAGAACCCACCUUCACGUCUUCCCCCGGUUGCAUCGCCCCCCGGUUCGGAUUUCCGGGUUCCCCCUCUGCUAGACGGCAGAGGCGCCCUUGUUGCAAUAAGGGUCUCUCCUGGCGAUGUUGCUCUGCGGGUGCUGUUGGCUUGGGGGGGUUCCUGAAUGAGGUGGGUGGGUGGGAGGGACAGCAUUGCAAAAAUGCGUCCUGGUCAGCAGGACAGCCUGAACUUGCUCUUUCCGCAGCGGUAGAACCACCGGUGUCUCAACUAAGCAGUGGUGGACGCCGGCAGAGGAACCCUUUGGGAUAUUUGAACCGCUCAGGUGGCUAGCCCUUGCUCCCCGAAAGCAGGUGUGGGGGGCCCUCUUAGCUUGUGCUUCUCUGCUAGAACAGCAGAGGAGAGGUGCCCUUUUUAAUGGGUCAUGAUUUCCCAAAGCGUGCUUGGACUGUCCCUGGCCUGCCAGCUCUGAAACUUGAUGGGCCUUGAUUGCGGCUCAAAGCACAAAGCAGGCGGGUCUUGGGAGGACAUCAGAGGCGUGGCGGUCGCCGUGGCCCGCUGCUGGUUUCCUGUGCUUCUGUCUGGAGCCGGGCCCCUGGUUUGGCUCUUUGCCCUUAAGCACUGUGGAGCCCAUGGAGCUUCUUUCUGCUGGGAUGUGUUGCGCGUGGAAAGCUUGUGACGGGACGAGAGCGCCUGCGGGAGGAAUGGAUGACAAGCAGGCCGGUCUGCAAAAAAGGUCGAACUAUCAGGGUUCUGCGGAAAGACAGGGGUGCAGUUGGGUUGCGCCUCCUCCGCUCUCUGGUGUUGGGGCGAAUGCUCAGGUUGCUACCGUGGCACGCAAUAUGUUGGGGGUGUAGUCCAUGUGGCUGUGGGAAACAGUCCCUGCGCACCUUGAGGGGCAUGCUUUGGACCCCAUUACCUGUGGGGGGGGAAUGUCUCUUGAACUAGCUGCUCUCUUGAAGCCCCAGGUGCAAAUGUGCGACCAAGCUGCUGGACCUCUCUGUCCUGUUGUCCCCCCAUGGAGGUCUUGAGCUUUUCAGCAGAACUGAUUAAAGGCCAGCUUUAGAUCAAGGCCACUAGUUCUAAGGACAGUGGGUGGGGGCUGUUCUCCAAAUGCUCCUGUUCAUCGUGUGCAUGCCUGUGUGAUUCCUCUGAGCCCUCUGGGGUGGCACACCUUCACCGUGAAGAGGUGUGUGGCCCCAGAAGCAUGCCAAAGAGCUGCCGCGUGAUCAGCCAGCCCACCAGGGGCUUCAAGGACGAGAGUCCCACAGCCGGUCCUCAUGAUUUCUAACCCCUGCGUGAAUCAGCUGAGGGUCAGCCAGGAAGGAAAACUGGUGGGGUCCUUAGAAACAGCCCUCCCCAACCAGCACCCUUCAGAUCAGAUUGAAGACUUCCUCCCAGGCAUGUCGACCAGCAAGGGUCUGUCUGGGUCAGGAUUCUGCGACCCUCCUGUGUCUGGAAGAUGCCGGGUUGGGGAAGGAUCUUGCCGGAAAUGGUUUUCUUCCCAACUCCUUUUCUUCUCUUCAACAUAACUCCACUGAGGGAAUCUCCCCACAGUCUCCUUCCAGGCGUCGGCUCAGCUCAAGCAAUAUAGUACAAAUGAUGUUUUUGAAUCUGGACUAGCUCUGAGGUGGUCUCCCCCCCAUCCUCCCCCCCCCCAAAUCUAAUUUCCUCGGUGAGAAAAACCCUAUCUUCCUGGAAUGACAGGAUCCUCUGACUCUGGCCGUAGCAGAGAGGACCGAGGCACAUGAACAUUGUGACUUUCCCCUCCGCUGGAACUGAAGUGGUGUGAGAAAGAAUCAGGGAACUGCCAGGAUGGUGAAGCCAUUGCUGGUUUUCAACAGUUACUCCCCUGAUUCUAGCUACCUGUUUUCCCUUACGUGAUACUUUCGAAGCGGCUUUUAUUUUUUCACCUGGAAAUCAAGCAGUUUAACCGCCCCUGCCCCCUGUCCCCCUUCCCUUUGGACUUGAUAAUACAAUGUGGGUAGGUUUUCUUUAAAAUCCCCGGUUUCUGAAGUAACCCUAGGAUGCUUUGAAUAGCUGCUCACCACCAGGGCAGAGUGUGCACAGGCCGCGGUGUGUGUUUCUGGGAAUGCCCUGGCCCACGGUCUUCCUGAUCAGUAAACAUUGAUCGGACUAAUCCCUAGCAGAGUGUUCCCGUGCUGAAUGGUAGAACAUUUCCUUGCUGAGGAAAUGGGAUGCCUUCAACCAGGGGGACAUGUGUAAGUGCUGGGAUUGGUUGGGAAUUCGAUCUGAUAGUAGCCAUAUUCCCAAAGUCCUUUCAGCCAUCCCGAAGUUUUCCGUUGGCUUCCGUUCCGUUGCAUUGCCAUUCCGGCACCAUCUGAGCGACGUAGGUUAAAAAUACUCGUUAGCUUCCUGUUUGCUCUGCUGUAGUUUUGCCGUGAAAACAAAACCAACAAAACGCAUUAAGACCAAGCUGAUCAGAUGCUGCUCUAUUGAUUUUAUUCAGGUUUUAAAAUCAGCACCUUAACCUUUAGUGAUCAGCUUCUCUGAAGUAGCAGUUGUUGCUGGCUUGUCCCUUUUAUACAUACAUAUAUAUAUAAGAAUAAUCUCGCUACUGCUUCAAAUCCAAAAGGGGCCUGAGUGGAUUAGGCUGUUCUGAUAGAAGUACUUGAGUUAGAACCCUUUUUCCUAGGAAGUUGAGUUCUUUUGCAUCUUAAAGCUUUUUUUUUUUAAUUCUGGAUAAGCCUUGGCUAUGUGGGCUACAUUUAAAGGAAAAGUACUUAUAUCCUCCAUCAUUUAUCUGCUGAUGUAGCAACCCCCUCCCUCCCCUUCCUGUGGUUUGAGUUCCAGAAUAUUAGCGCAUCUUUUGUUGUCGGGUAAAGGCUGAAACAAAGAGUUCAUUCACUCUUGCUUGUAGAGAAUCAGACCUGCCCCUUAGAUUUCAUUUCUCUGAGUAUCUUGAACACCGACUUGGAAUGGUGUUCCCCAUUACAGGUGGGGAUUCUUUUAUCGUUUAACCAGCAAUUUCUGUUUCCAUCUUCUGACUUCUCUUCUUGUGGGAUGAGAUUUACAAGGAAUGAGCAACCCCCCAGAUUCUGUUCCCACCAGUUGUGCUCACCUUACAUUUCAGCAUCAUCUAGAGAGCUACAGGUUGCCCAUUCAUGGUGUAGAAUGAACAGUCUGUUUCUUGAACUAACUUUCGAAGGCUGUGGCCUGGGAUUAUUUCCCACCGUACAUUUGUGGGAGGAAUGGUGUGUAAGAAGAAGCCCGAAGCAUUAGGAAAUGUAUUUGGUGACAAGGACAUCUGACUCAUAUUGGCUCUUUAGUUUUUUCCAAAAUUAUCACCAAGCUGGUCAGAUUUAGAAGGAAGGGAUUGCCCAAAAUAUGUGUCUCAAGUACCCCGCAGGUGUCAAUUCCCACAGAUGAUUUUUUUGAGUCUGGCCUAUAGCAGGUAGUAGUUUAUUGUACCAAACCAAUUUAAUUAAACAAGAAAAAUCCCUGCCUAUUCAAAAUUUGCAGAUGGGAAGAUGGGGAGGUGAGCUGUUUUUGCCUCCACCUGUGCAGAGAUUUUAAAAAUAAAAUGGGAGACCACCAGCAGUCUGAAAGCUAUCGGUGGUCCUCAGCCGUCCCUUCUGGAGAGGAACAGUUACAAGACGUGGCAAAGAGCUUAAAAUGCCAGCUAGCCUUCAGAGCCCUUUCCCCCCCCUCUCUUUCUGGGUCAGGGCCCCAGCAGUAUGGUUGACUACUCUACAGGGUUGUGGGCAAACUCGAGACUUUCCUGGCUUCGCUUUUUCAAAGCCAUGUUCUAUCUCUCUUGGAUGUUGUUGGUUGGUCUGCUUUUUUUUCUCUCAUUGAUCAGAACUUCCUGAAUAUUUUAAAUGAACGUGCAUAUGAGUUGAAAAUUACUUGGGUGGAGAGUGAAAUUUGAAUGAAAUUCCAUUUGUGUGUGUGUGUGUGUGUGUGUGUUUUGUUUGUAGCUUCUUUUUUUAACACACACACACACACACAAACACAAAAGUUCAUCUCUUUACGGGUAGACAAGGAGAAGUGUAUGUUUUUUUUUCCCCCUGCUUGACAUUUUAACAGGUACUUUCUAUUAUCAACUUUGCAGUGUCGCAUUUAACUUGCCUUAAAAGGUGGAGAGAGAAAUCUAGUAUUUGCACUUAGCAAAAAAAAAUUGAGAGAGAGAAAUUAAUUUAAAAAAGGAGCAGAGCCCUAUCAAGGGGAGAUGUGCAUGUUUUACAACUUUGUAUAACAUAGCUGAAAAUGACUAAGUGGUUUAUUAAAAAACAAAAACAAAAAAAAACAGGAAAAAAAGAAUAUUUUUCUUUACCUUCUGGUAGGAAACUGUUCUAAUCUGUGUGUAAAAAGUCUCUGUAUUAUAUUGUAAUUUGAAUUUUUUGUAAUUAAAAAAAAUUGUGCUCCCUG